CUCCUCUCAUCUUUUCUUAAACUUCAGGUAUUUAUCCAUACUUCCUUUGAGCCAGGGUUUUGAGUUUUUUUUUUCGAUCUUCUUCGUCUCGAACUUCAAGUUUUUGAUCUUCUUCGUCUCCUUUUCCGGUGGUUUACGAUGUUUGAGCAACGCUACAGAUACAUCCUAAUUUGAGUGUAUAUUUUACACCCAUUCUAUUCUAAGGUCAGUCUUAUCACAUCAAUUUUUUAAAAUUUUACUCAAAAUUAAUUUGAUUUUUAUCAACCGCAGGAUUGCGGAUGUAAGAUGUACACCCUUAUUUGGGAUGUACGAGAAGCAUUUUUCUUAUUCUAGAAUAAUUCAAUAGCAAUUAUGGUACAAUGAAGUGAGAACAGUAGUAAAAUAAAUAUAACCCUAUUAUUUCACUUAACAUUGAUUACUCAAAUUCAAAAUAUCUUGUACCCAUGAUUUUGAGUGGGUAUCUAUUUCAAUAUAUCAUUGGCCAACAUUUAUAGUACAUUUAUUUUUCCACUACAUAUUCAAUAAAAGCACCCUUCAUUCUCAAAAUAUUCACAUAAUAACAUUCCAAAUAGUUUGCAUAUCUUAGAUUCUUAGUAAAAUAAUUGCACCCCUUUUAUAUAGGUUUUAUACAAAUAUAUAUAUACCUCAAAUGUUAAAUUUUACAUAAAAACUCUUCAUACAAAAUGGCUACUAUUGUCCAAUAUUACCUUCUCACUCUUUUCCUCAUAAAUAUUUUCCUUUUCCACAUACCGUUGUCUAAAGCCGGCGUUGACUUCAUAGUCAACACAUGCAAGCACACCCAGAACUCCGGCUUCUGCGUAGCGGCCCUCGAGUCCGACCGCCGCAGCUUCAACGCCUCCACGGUCGCUGAGCUCACGGGAAUCGCCAUCGAAAUUGCCACCGCAGCAGCGGCCUCGACGCUCUCGCGGAUCAACGACCUCGCGGACCAAGACCCCGGCACGGCGGCGGAGGAGGCCCUGAAGCAGUGCGCGCAGCUGUACGGGAAUGCGAUCGACGACCUCGAAGAGGCGGGGAAGGACGUCCGGUCGGGGGACUACAGCGGCGCCGCCGAGCCCGUGGAUAGCGCCUGGGAGGUGCCGCGGAGCUGCGAGGAUGCCUUCGCCGACCGCUCGCUGAGUUCGCCGGUGGCGGCGGAGGAUAAGGAUGUGGAUGUCAAGUGUGGGCUUUGCUUUGAUCUUGUAGACCUGUUGAAUAGCUAACAAUGUGUCUCGUGCUAAAAUCAUGAUAAAUUCGAAUUGAUUUAUAAUUCAAAUUAUUUCAAAUCUACAACUAGGCAUCACAAAUACGGUAUACGAGACACGACACGAUUCGGACACAACGACUAGCUCCUGUGGGGUUUCAAAUCGCGAUCGA